CUAUUCUGCGCUGUUCCGCACGCGCGUUCGUCUGUCCGCUGCGCUUGGCCUCUUAUACCCAACAAUGCAGCCUCAUCUUCCGCCUCAUAGCGUCAUUUCUGGUAGCCUACAUUCCUCAUCCCAUCCAAUGAUGAUCAAAUACAAACUUAUCUACAUUAGCCGAGCAAGCCGGACGAUGCUUGCGUCUCCGCGCUGCGCUGUGAAGACCCUACAAGGGAUUUACCUGACCUCCUCGAUAUCUCCCUCUCUCUCGUCAUCCUCUUUGUGCAGUGUUGUUCAAUGCAUUCUCACCUUUGCGCACGGACUACAAUUCGCCUCUUUCUCGCUACCGAGCCGAUUCUCUGAGAGGCAGAGCGGCAGAAUGUCGGAUCACAGCCCUCGCAGCACUGCGGCGAUACAUCUCAUCUCCUCCUUCCGAAGCGAGCUUAUCGUACCAGCAUGCCAAAGAAAGCUGAUCGCGAUCCUGCACCGCCAUCACCAAGAAACGAUGGAAUGGCGUCCAAUCAGACUGCUCAAAACGCUUCGACCAGUCCGGCCUCAAGCAGCUCAUCAGCGCAGGAUGUCAGCGUGGAGCGAGAUCCUUACAACAUCAACUCCCAAGCAUACGUUGGCUGCUAUACGCUCGGCCUUUCCGAUCUGAGCGCGGUCUCGAGCAAUACUUCCAAUGUCGCCUGGCAAGCAUGCGCAGAUCACUGUCAAAAUCAGCACUAUGGCUACUUUGGCGUCUCCAUCAGUGCUUGUGGAUGUCUAGGCUUUCCCGAUGCAGACGAUGCGGUGGCAAUCUCGAGAUGCAACGCAGACUGCCCUGGCAUGACCAGCGAUCCUUGCGGUAGCUCUGACAAGCUCUUCAACAUUGCAGCAAGCGAUUACAAAGGCCGAAAGCCAAAGACGAGUGCCACGAGCGCCAUAGCAGCUCCAACGAGUACCUUUCUCGCCGUACCUACCAUCGUCUCACCCACACCUACCGCUCUGGAACCUGUCACUCCACUGCCGACCUCUAUACAAGCCGGCACUGACCAGACUUCUCCGACCCACAUCUCAUCGAGCAUCCUCAUCGUUGCCAUUCUCGUCCCGCUCGUGCUCUUUGCCAUGCUACUCACAUUCGUAGCACGCAAAGUCUCUCGAUCACGCUCGCGAAGAUCGCACGCAAGAUUGAGACCUUCCUCGCCAACAUCGACCAUGCGAAGCUCAAUGACAGACGUUUUUGCUGCUGGUGAUAUGGCGCAGACAUCCUUUCCCAAACGGCACAACCACCUCUCGAGACUGUCGUCGUCGCCGCCAUCGUAUGCCGAGCGAGCACCUCAGCAGCAAAGCUAUCUGGCCUUUUUGCAUGCCCAACUCGCAAUGUCGCGCGUUUCGUCUUCAUCAAUCUAUUCGGAAAGCACAGGACGAACACGAAGCAGCUUCCAGCCAAAUACGCCCGAGUCCGAUGCACAGAAUCCGUUUGCAGACAGCCAGGUCUCUAGGCCAGACAUGGUCCAUCUAUAA